AUCUUUUUUUUUUUUUUUGUAAAGUAAUUAACCAUCUGUGUUGUCACUGUCUUGGUGUCAGUAGCUGAAGUAAUUGUUACAGCAUUGGAACUUGUGGUGGUGUUGUUGUUGGCCUUGGAAAGUUGUUGGAGUUUAUACACAGAUACAUUUUUUAGGACAUCGCACAGUUGUGUUAUGGAACUGGAUAAAAUGGACGAGAACGACUGGAAAUACCACGGCGAGGGCAACAAAAGCCUAGUGGUUUCUCAUGUCCAGCACGCCAGAGUCCUUCGGCUACUGAAGUAUUCCACAGAAGAUGCUGAAAACUCGCCUAAGACAACAGAUCAAGCUUUCCGCCACAUACAGAACAUAGUUGACUAUAGUCAAAAUGUCAUGAAGCCACUGCUGGGGGAGAAAUUCGUCCACAAUGGAGAGGCUGUGAAGCUCCCAUUAGACUUUGUCCGCCAGCUGUCAUUGAAGGUCCAGCAGGAAAGGCCAGAGUCUCGCUGUGACAAAGUGAUGGAUACGUUGAGUGGAUGUGCCUUGUGUCUGCCUAACCUCACCCAGCUCUCCUCCUGCUGCUGCUGCAGAGAACACAGACCUCCUCUCUGUAUAGAGAUUAAGCCCAAAUGUGGAUUUCUACCAGCCUCUAGACACAUUACGAAAGACAUCAAGAGGAAGGUUGUGGUCUUCUCUCUAAAUAAACAGUUAGCCAAUGGAAAGUGGAAACGGCUGAGCCGGUACUGUCCCUUGGACCUGUUCUCAGGGAACAAACAGAGAAUGUCCCUCGCCAUCAAGAACUUGAUAGAAGAACCACAGAAUAACUUCAACAUUUUCAAGGGUGGAGAGUGUAUCUACAGCUGUAAUGAUGAUGCCGACGUGUUGCAGGACCUGGAUGAAUUGGCUCAGCAUCUACGACCAUACUUCCUCCCUAGUGGCAGCCUUCUCAACAGGCAGCAGUCUAGUAAAGUGGUUCUGCAUGAGUUGAUUCAGGUGAUCGUGAGCGCCCUGUUGAGCUCCUGGGACUGUCCUCGGUCAGGGCAGCUCAGGAAGACACACCUGUCUGAGGGCAGAGUGACGUGUGAGGCCAGCCUGCUGCACCGGGACCUGCUACGCAACGGUAACCACUGCCUACCCAAAGAUUGUGUCUUGGACAAAAUCCUGGGGACUCAGAUGUUGGAUAAUUUAGACAUUGAGGGUUUGAGCCCCCUUCUUAAACGAGUGGAACAGCAUCUACAAAUGUUCCCCAAAGAGAGAUGCAGGCUUCAGAUGGACGGGCCGUACAAUGCCAGCUUCCUGGAGAAGGUCCAGAACUGUCCCGUUGAAGACGACGGUUCCCUGGAAUACGCUGUCGGGAAGGUCCACCAGUACAGAGUUGCCAUGACAGCCAAGGACUGCUCCAUCAUGGUCGCCAUAGCAACCUGUGGGGAAGACGACGGGUUGGACGAGAGCCUGGAGAUCCAGACUACGAAGCCUCGUUUCACAUGCUCCGUGUCCAUCCUAGACCUGGACCCUAAACCCUACGAGAGCAUCUCUCACCAGAGCAGACUGGACUCCAAGAUAGUCAACCACUACCUGAGGAGGACACAGCCCAACAACCAGGAACUAGACAACCUGGAGGAACUGGCCAAUCAGAGCCUGUUCCUGGGCCGGGACAGAGACGGAGAGGAUUGUACUCUGGUGUUCCAUCCUGUAUAGCAACUCCCUCCGCUGCCUGGCCUUGUGCUGUCUGGCUGUUACCCCCUCCCCUGUACCCGGACCCUAACCCCCACCUCGUACCCCCAGACCAACCGCUGCUGUGGAACUGAAAUAAUGAUUUGAAUGAACUGAGAAACUUAUCCUUAUUUUGGAUUUGUGUUUUCUCUUUAAAAACUAAACAUAGUAUGGCAUAUGUUUUUGUUUUUCUAGACCUGGUAAAAAAUGAUUUUAUGACUACCGCUAGCUGCAACAGAAUACCAUCCCGAUACCAUGUUUGUCUCUGCUGCCAGUAUGAAGGAGGUCAGAGGUCGUUUCACAAGUCAACUAAUUAAAUGAUUUUAUGACUACCGCUAGCUGCAACAGAAAACCAUCCCGAUACCAUGUUUGUCUCUGCUGCCAGU